AUGAUCCUCGGACUCCUUGGAAUAAUCAAUAUAUACCUUUUUCUUACUGGACUGUUCAGGACUGUAAACCUGCCUGCUGAUUCCUCGAUGGAGUCUCCCGGCUCUAAAGAAUACAGUAAAAUCGUGUAUCUUCUGAUCGAUGGGCUUCGUUUUGACUCUUCCGUAAAUACAUCCAAAGAAGGACAUAUAUUUAAUAAGAUGAAACAUCUACGAUCAAUCAAAAGCAAAUUCCACGCUCUGAGCGUCAGUGGAAUCCCGACAGAGACAGGGUCUAGGGUCAUAGGGCUUGUGACAGGAACACCCAGCAAUUUCUUGACCAGUGUUGGAAAUCUCCAAGGAUGCUCAAUCCAUUGGGACAACAUGGUGAGGCAGCUUCUCCAGGAUGGGAGGUCUUGUGCUUUUUUUGGAGACUGCCAAUGGAUUAAGUAUUUUCCAGAACUCAAGAAUGGGCCUUGCCAUACAGUAGAUCCAUAUGGAAGAUACGAGUUAAGGAAACAAGAAAACGAGAUAAUAGAAAGAAUCCUACAGAGUAUAAACAACUACGAUGUCAUUAUUGCACAUCUGAUAAAUCUUGAUUCCUACGGUCACAUCCAUGAGACUAUAUAUCACAAAGAUAUGGAACAUCAGUUGAUGAUAUAUGAUAAUCUCAUAAAUGAUAUAUAUGAGAAGAUGUCAGAAGACACAUUGUUUGUAAUAUGUAGCGAUCAUGGCGUAGAUGAUAACGGAGCUCAUGGAGGAGUCUCCACAUUGGAGAUGUCUUCUGUUGGAAUUUUCAUAUCAAAAGACGGGAGAUUCACUAAUCUUUCUCCAGUUAACGAAGAAAUAGAAGAACUAAGGAAAAAGCACAUCUUAAGAAUGUACGACGACAAUCCUCUUGAAAUACAAGCCAAAGAGCCUUAUCCGACUAUUCAUCAGGACGACAUCCUCCCAACACUCUGCUAUUUGAUGGGUGUUCCAAUUCCAAAGAUGUCUUGUGGUAACUUCAUACACGAGCUUGUACACGAUGUAAAUGCAUAUCAAACCUACUACAAGCAAAAAUGCAGUGUGCUUGGAAUUGAGCCACGAGAAGUUCCCAAAGAAACUAAUGAAUAUGCCAAGCUGAACUAUAAGUUAAGCGAGGAAAUAUCUCGGAAAUUUGCAGGGAGAAAUUAUUUCAGGUUAAUUAUUUCUGCAAUACUUUCUGUGGUAAUAGCACUAGCCGUUAUAUUCAAGCUUUUCAGCUCGAAGUUCUACAAGUUCAACGACAUUCUUCUGUUGUUUGUUUUCAUAAUGACUGCACAUUCUGUACUAUCCAUAGUUCAUGAGGAUUUGUUCUGGGCUGUUACGUUCUUUAUUUCGAAUCCUUCGGCUAAGAAUCUUCUUGGUGUGGUAAUUCUUUUACAGAUGGUAAGACCUCCAUCAAAUGCAGAUCCUUUUUAUGUCCUGGUUAUGGAGAGACUCAAGCUUUCUCCGAUAUUCAAUGGAAAUCUUCUCUUUAUCCUUGAGUUGUGCUUGUUUGGAAUCCUCAACAGCACAGCACACUUUGAGCUAGCUCCCCGGUUUUUCUCUAGCAGUAUUUUCGAGAUUUUCAAUAGUCAUCCGCAUAUCUUUAUUUCUCUCCUCAGAUAUCUGUUUGGAAGUGGAUUGGAUUCUGCAUCAUGGAGACUCAGCUUAUUUCUAUCAUCCCCCAGCAUUGAUACCUUAAUAGCCCUGGUAUUCAGGCCGAUGGAGUCCAUAUAUCUUAUCUAUAUCAUCAGAAAUUUAGAUAUUGAAAACAGCGUUACCGCUUACUUCUCGCUUACGAAUAUGGCCUUCUUCUCAUCAGGACUACAGAAAUUGUUUCAAUCUAUUAACUACAGUGUAUUCUUCACGUUUUCAGGUAACUUCCUUACUUUGCCUGUCGCCUUGAUUGCCAUACUAUACUUUGUGUGUCCAAGACUCCGGGCCAUACAGUUGUUUAUGUCCCAUCGAGAUAAGACAGGCUCUUCAAAAGGGAAGAAAAGACAUCUAAGAGAUUUUCAGUCCUCCGUAAAGGAAAUAUUCAUGUUUCAUAGCCUCAAUUUAUUACUAGUGAUGUGGUCAGGAUAUACCAUUUGUGAGUCGCUUUCAUUCUACAAAUUCCUUGGAAUUCGUGCAUUCUUUGAGUAUAUCUACUAUUUUAUAGAUAUCGCUUUGUUCUCCGUUCUUGGAAUAAUUAAAAGAAGGCUUAAUUGA